ACAUUAGAGGUUAUUCUUUUUCCAAGGCUGGUUGGGGCUCAUCCUCCUGGUCCUUGCUAACCAUGAUUCUAGGAUGUGGUUAGAACCUUGAGGAACUGCAGGUUCCAGAGAGAACACUUUAGACAGCCAGAUUGGAUCCAGAGAGCAGGCAGAUGCUCAAGAAUACUUCAGUUUAACCCCAAGGUCUCUCUCUCUCUGGGGGAAAUAAAAAAGACAAAGGUGUCCGCCUCUACAAGGGACCCACAGGCAGUGCCUGGAUGAGGGUGCUGAAGUGACGGUGACUCCAGGAGGCCUUCCUGGAGGAGGUUGAGCCCCAGGUGUGGCUACCCUGGCGUAUCAAGCUACUUCCAAAGUGAGGCAUAAGACUCGGAGCCAACCCUGCCGGGGUCCCGGUUGGGAAGAUGCGGUUCCUCCGAAGGCGCCACAUGUCCCUGCGCCUAGCCAUGCUGGGCAGCGUCUUCAUGCUCUUCCUCUUCAUCCGACAGAAGGAUGUAAGCACCCAGGAGCAGGCUAUGGAGAAACCGUGGCUAAAGUCACUAGCGGGCCAGAAGGACCAUGUCCUGGACCUCAUGCUAGGUGCGGUGAACAACUUUAGAGAUGUCAUGCCCAAGCUGCAGAUCAGGGCUCCGGAACCCCCACAGACCCUGAUCUCCACAAACCACUCCUGCCUUCCGGGGUUCUAUACCUCUGCUGAGCUGAAACCCUUCUGGGACCGGCCACCUCAAGAUCCCAACAGCCCUGGAGCAGAUGGAAAAGCAUUUCGGAAGAAAGAAUGGACCGAUCUAGAGACCCAAGAAAAGGAAGAAGGCUAUAAGAAACACUGCUUUAAUGCCUUUGCCAGUGACCGCAUCUCCUUGCAGAGGUCCCUGGGGCCAGACACCCGGCCUCCUGAGUGUGUUGACCAGAAAUUCCGGCGCUGCCCACCACUGCCCACCACCAGUGUGAUCAUUGUGUUCCACAAUGAAGCCUGGUCCACUCUGCUGCGCACAGUAUACAGCGUCCUGCACACCAGUCCUGCCAUCUUGCUGAAGGAAAUCAUCCUGGUGGAUGAUGCCAGCACAGAGGAGUACCUGAAGGAGAGGUUGGAUCGGUAUGUUCAGCAGCUGCAGAUCGUGCGCGUGGUUCGACAGCAGGAGCGGAAGGGGCUCAUUACAGCCCGGCUGCUGGGGGCCAGUGUGGCGCAGGCCGAGGUGCUCACGUUCCUGGAUGCCCACUGUGAGUGUUUCCACGGCUGGCUGGAACCCCUUCUGACUCGAAUUGCUGAAGACAAGACAGUGGUGGUGAGCCCAGACAUCGUCACCAUCGACCUUAAUACCUUCCAGUUCUCCAGACCGGUACAGAGAGGCAAAGCCCACAGCCGGGGCAACUUCGACUGGAGCCUGACCUUUGGCUGGGAGAUGCUCCCCGCACAUGAGAAGCAGAGACGCAAGGAUGAGACCUACCCCAUCAAGUCCCCGACGUUUGCCGGCGGCCUCUUCUCUAUCUCCAAGGCCUACUUUGAGCACAUCGGUACCUAUGAUAACCAGAUGGAGAUCUGGGGAGGAGAGAAUGUGGAGAUGUCCUUCCGGGUGUGGCAGUGUGGGGGCCAACUGGAGAUCAUCCCCUGCUCUGUGGUCGGCCACGUGUUCCGUACCAAGAGUCCCCACACCUUCCCCAAGGGCACCAGUGUCAUCGCACGCAAUCAGGUGCGCCUGGCUGAGGUCUGGAUGGAUGACUACAAGAAGAUUUUCUACAGGAGAAACCUGCAGGCCGCAAAGAUGGUCGAGGAGAACAACUUCGGUGACAUUUCGGAGCGACUGCGACUCAGGGAACAGCUACACUGCCACAACUUUUCCUGGUACCUGCAUAAUGUCUACCCAGAGAUGUUUGUCCCCGACCUGAACCCCACCUUCUACGGAGCCAUCAAGAAUCUCGGCAUCAAUCAGUGUUUGGAUGUGGGUGAGAACAACCGUGGAGGGAAGCCUCUCAUCAUGUAUGUCUGCCACAACCUCGGCGGCAAUCAGUACUUUGAGUACACAUCCCAGAGGGACCUCCGCCACAACAUUGGGAAGCAGCUGUGUCUACACGCCAGUGGCAGCACGCUGGGCCUUAGGAGCUGUCAGUUCGUUGGCCAGAAUAGCAGAGUGCCCAAGGACGAGGAAUGGGAACUGACCCAGGAUCAACUCAUCAGAAACUCAGGAUCUGGUACCUGCCUGACAUCCCAGGACAAAAAGCCAGCCAUGGCCCCCUGUAAUCCCAGUGACCCCUACCAGCUCUGGCUGUUUGUCUAGGCCUGGGGUCAUCCCCAGUGCAGGCCCAAUAAGCCCUUAGGCAGUGGGGUCACCGGGCAUCUGGGAGUCCUCUCCCCCAGAUCCUCUGGAGGCCUGAGAGUUGGAUGUUUAAGCCCAGUGGCCACCAAGGCAGGACCUUCUUGCAACAACAAAGGUUCCAUUUUCUUUCCUCCAUGCCAGUGGAGAGACCAGGAGGUCACAUGCUACUUGGCCCAAGGCUUUCCUCUUCUCCUCUCCUAGAGCAAGGGCCCUCCAAAGCAGCCUGAAAGUGUGUCCUACAGAGGGACUGGAAGUUCAGAGACCCUCUCUUGUUAACAGACCCUGUCAGCAAACCGUCUUGCUGUACACAGAGUGCCUUCACCGUACAUCAUUUGUACAGUUAUCUGUGGAGGAGACAGGAAGGAGCCAUCCAUUGAGAAGGUUGAGACCAGGCUGGAGUAUAGUGCAGGGAAAGGCCCAGGGUUUGACCCCUAAGCAUCACAGAAAACAGAA